AUGACGACCCAACCCGACACUGGGUUCACAGUGCCCCUGCUAAUAAACGGCCGUGAAGAAACAACGCCUAAAACAUUCCCUGUAACAAGCCCCUACACUAACACAACCAUCUGGAACGCCUCCGCCGCCACACCCGAAGAUGCAAUCCGCGCCGUCGAAGCCGCCGACGCCGCCUUCCCCUCCUGGUCGCAGACAAAACCAACAGUGAGACGCGACAUCCUUCUCAAGGCUGCCGACCUUCUCGAGGCGCGUCUCGAGACCAAUGCCGAGUACAUGCGUCAAGAGAUGGGCGCGGACGUCGGCGCCUCUGCGGGGUUCGUCGUCCCGCUUGCAGUGCGUAUGCUCCGCGAGGUCGCAAGUCGCAUCACCUCGAUCUGUGGCAGCGUGCCAGUCGUCGAGAUGGAGGGCCAGAGUGCAAUGGUCUUUAAAGAGGCUAUGGGUGUGAUUCUGGGAAUCGUCCCGUGGAAUGCUCCCUACGUAUUCGGUAUUCGCUCUGCGGCUUGCGCCCUCGCCGCUGGUAACACUACGAUCCUUAAGUCGUCUGACCUCACCCCACGCUGCUACUGGGCUAUCGGCCGUGCGUUCGAAGAUGCCGGUCUUCCCGCUGGGUGUCUGAAUAUCAUUCACUGCGCGCCGCAGGAUGCUCCUGAGAUUGUGAAUACCAUGAUUGAGCAUGAGGCUGUGCGCAAGAUUAAUUUCACUGGUAGCACGGUUGUGGGUCGGAAGAUCGCGCGCGCCUGUGGUCAAAAUCUCAAGCCCUGUCUGAUGGAGCUGGGUGGGAAGAACAGCUCGAUCGUGUGUGCGGAUGCUAAUUUGCAGACUGCCGUAAAUGGCGUUUUGGCUGGUGCUUUCUUGAAUUCCGGCCAGAUCUGUAUGGCAACCGAUCGCAUUCUCGUUCACACCUCGAUCCUCUCAGCCUUCACGGAAGCUCUGCAAAAGGCCCUUGCAGCUGGCGCCGCAGCCUCAGCCUUGCCCCCAACGCUAGUCAACACUGCCUCGAAGACUCGCGUCGAAGCUCUCAUUGCCAGCGCCAUCUCAGCAGGUGCCCAUUUCAUUUCUGGGUCUGCGGACAGCGUGCCCACCGAUUCCGGGGUGCGCAUGGCGCCCGCUGUGUUGGGCGGAGUUAAAGAGGAUAUGGCACUAUGGCAAGAGGAGUCCUUCGCCUCAGUUGCGGCGUGUAUGCCAUUUGACAGCGAUGACGAGGCGAUCCGUCUCGCUAAUAGCAGUGGAUACGGGCUCUCGGCGUCAGUGUUCACGGAGGAUCUGCGGAAGGGCUUGGCGAUGGCCAGACGGAUUCAAUCUGGGGCGGUUCAUAUUAAUAGCAUGACGAUCCACGAUGAGCCUGCUCUUCCUCAUGGCGGUGUGAAGAAUAGUGGCUGGGGGCGAUUUAACACCGAUGAGGGCUUGAAUGAGUUUUUGGUGACGAAAAGUGUAACUUGGAUGGAUUGA